AUGGAUACCAGCACCAGUAUAGCUCGCCAGGAUGAAGAUGCAAGCAAUAGCGGACUACUCGACCUAGGCCCUAUGCUCUCCCCAAUCAAAGGUGCCAGCAGUACACGGCGCCAAGGACUGUAUACACCCAUUCUCGGCCCCCAGGAAGAGGCGCCGAUGCUGGAGCCCCCGCCGCUGCUUGGGAAAGGCAAACGAAUUCCACGCCGUUCGUCCGAAGGCGCGUGGGCGGGACCCAACUCUCCCCCCCCCGCGCAGCGCACCGCGUCGACGGACUCGAACCGCAGCGUAAUAAUACACGAAGAAAACGUCACCGGCGAGUGGGGGCGCCCAGAGGUCCCCUCGCCCAGCAACAGUGCGCAGCCAGCAACAGCCGCGAGCACGCAUGCACGGCUCCCUGCGCGCAUGCGCCGCUGGAUGCACGAUGCAAUGAAGCAGCACAUGUACGAGACGGCUAUUUUCUGGGGAAAGCUCGUGGUGGCACUGGAGCCCACCGAGAUUGCAUACAACGACGUCUAUUGGCUCGCACAGGCAUACUUUCUCACGCACCAGUAUGCGCGUGCCGAACAGCUACUUACCACGCCGCUGCGGCGCGGCGCGGCGGACCACGCUGCACUACCCACCGACGCGCUCCCCAAUGGCUUGCCUGAUGCGCUGUACGACGCCGUGGAAUCCACACGCGCGCACAGUAUCUUGCCUCAAUCCAUUCGUGUGCGCAGCGGCCGCGCGGGUGUGUACGGCGGCGUGGAAAGUAGCGACGGGCAUGAGGCGCGCGAGACUUCCAAGGAAGAUGACGAGGUGGUCGAGAUGCUUGGCGUGCCGGGCGAAGCUGCGCGUCGUCGCAAGCGACCCCCAUCCUCCUCUCCCGAACGCUCGCAGGACCCCUUUUGCCCCAAAUCGCGCCCCUCUUCCACCUUUGCGCACGUUGACGAAGAGAUCCAGCGUAUUGUGCAUGCACAGGAGCGCACCGAGGAAUUCGGCCCGUGCAUGGUCAAUUGGAGUGCGCCGUGUCGCUACCUUGCUGCGCAGAGCCAGGUCCGGCUUGGCAAACUGUACGAGGCACUUGAGCUCACGGGCGAAGAUCACACGCGGUGGACCAGCGGGGGAAAAGCGUCGGUAAAGACGCCUGCGCUGGACGGUGGCCUCAAACUUGGCUCCUCCGUGUGCCAUUUACGCGGGCAGAUUUACCUGCGCCUCGACCAGGUGGCCAAGGCCAAAGAAGCAUUCAUGCUUGCGCUGGCCCUGGAUGUGAAGAACUACGACAGCUUCACCGCGCUGAUCGACGGCAACUUGCUAGGCGCCGAAGAACAGUGGGACUUUGUGCAGGCGCUCGAGUUUGCAGCGCAAGCAGGCACAGAAAAAGGCGCCGCGGACGACUUUGAGGUUGUGCGCCUGCUGUACACGACGCGCCUUGCGAAACAAAGCGAGGAGCACAUCAGGCGCGCCGCACACGCGCGACAGCUCCUGUGUGCCACGCCCCUGCGCGCGAGUCCCGACGUGCUGCUGGGCCUCGCCGAGGAGCUUUAUGCGUGUUUGCGGUACCAAGAUGCAUACACCGUCACCAGCUAUACCCUCCAGCUCGAUCCCGCCUACGCACUGUGCUUACCGAUCCACAUAGCGUGCGCGUAUUAUCUUCCGCAGCUGCGCCCCGCGCUCUUCCUCCUUGCGCACAAGCUCACUGAUUCGAAUCCCGAGAGUGCCGAGGCGUGGUAUGCUGUGGGCGUAUGGUAUGCAAGCGCGGCGCGGUGGCAGGAAGCGCGGCGCUAUUUCAGCAAAUCUUCUCUUCUGGAUCCGCGCUUUGCCCCUUCUUGGAUCGCGUUUGGGCAUAGCUUCUCGCUGGAAGGCGAAUCGGACCAGGCCAUCACCGCCUACUCGACGGCCGCGCGCAAGUUCCAAUCCUCUGGGCUGCCGCGCCUUUUUAUCGGGAUGGAGCACUUGCAGCAAGGCAACAAGAACCUCGCGCUGAUUUUUCUCAACAGCAGCGCCGCCGAGCUCGGCGACGAUCCGCUGUGUGCCAACGAGCGCGGCGUAGCUGCGUUUCACAACGGGCAGUAUACCCAAGCCAUCGCGCUUUUUCAGGCCGCGCUUGCUGUUGCCGCAGAUACGCAGCAGCCAGCCGCGGCUUGGGUCAGCGUCCACUUGAACCUCGGGCUUGCGCUUCGCCGUGUGCGGCGCGACGACGAGGCGCGCGCGCGCUUUUUGCGCGUGAUUGAAUGCGAUACGAGCUGUGCGCCUGCGUACAUUGCUCUUGGAAUGUGUGCGCACCGACAGGGCGACUUGGCCGACGCGAUCGGAUGGUACCACGAAGGGCUCGGCAUCGAUCCGCGCGAUGCCAUCGGCACAGAGCUCUUGACCAUCGCGCUUGAAAUGCGUGUCGCGCAAGGCCUUCCUGCCGGGCUGCUCGACCACUCGCACGAAGAGACGAGCGAGAUGUGGGAAGCGGCCGUGCGCCAAGGCGAGGAGCUGUACGAGCACGAAGCCGAUGUACAUGUUGAUGCGAUGUGCGAGACAGGGUCGUUGUGUACGUAA